AUGACGGCAAAACCCUUUGGUGGAGCCGAUCUGCAGAGACACUUCCGACGCAUUUGGGUGCGGGAGAGAGGCUUCAAGAUCCAGGACAGACCCCAGAAUCGUUUUGUGAUCUCCUUCGAUCUUAAGAAGGACAAGAACAAGGUGCUGAAAGGAGGUACUUGGUAUUUCAACAAAGCACCGGUGAUAUUGCAGGAUUAUGAUGGGUUGUCGCCACUUCAGGCCAUCAAGAUGGAAACUUUGCUCUUCUGGGUAAAGAUCACAAACAUCCCACCUGCUUUGGAGGUCAAAGAAACCAUUAUGAACGUGGCAUCCAUUGUGGGUAGUUUGGAAAUUGAUCAAAAACUAUUUGACAUAACUAGCAAGAUCCGAGUGCAUGUUGCCCAUGAGAUCACAAGACCUUUCCUUCUCAAGAAGACUCUCAAGCUGGCUCCGGGUGUGAUUGAAGAAAUUUCUUUCUUCUUUGAAAACCUAAUUGGAAGAUGCCACAAAUGCAAUCUCAUCUUCCAUGAGAAUGGGACUUGCUUGGUUGCUACUCCACAUAAACCUGAUUCGAUCACAGCUGCUCCUCCACGCUUGGAUCUGGUGAGCCCUUUUACUGGCUUCAAGUAG